AUGGUUUCUCCUGUGGAAGUGUCAAGCUGUCCCCCGCACGGAGCGGACCUUUGCUCCAAAGAAUGUGAGCCUCCAGAAGGUGACUGCAAAAUGCAGGACUCUUCCACUGCCGAAGGCGAAGCCGAAGCCGAUUCUGAGACACCCAAUCCGCUUCCGCCGGAGGCUGAUGUCAAGAAGGCCGAGGGAAACACAGCUUUCCAGGCAAAGCAGUUCGAGGUGGCAGCACGCUUGUACGCUGAGGCCAUCGCCAUAGCUGAGGCUGCUGGUGCUGAUGUCCCUGGCGUCUACUACUCGAAUCGAGCGGUUUGCCUGGCAUCUUUGCAAGACUGGGAAGGCACUCGGAUUGAUGCCGCGAAGGCGCUUGCGCGAGUGACUGAUCUGUCUGCAGCUGCCAUGAAGAAGGCUCUUUUCCAAAAGGCCCGGGCGGAGCUCCGGCUUCAGCUGCAGGCCGAAUGCCAGGCCACCCUCGGCCUUGCGGACCAGCUGGGGGUUCGUGCAGAGGUCGAGCGCCUCCUCGGAAAUGCGCAAACCGAGUCGGCACCUGCAGCGCCUGCAGCCCCUAAGGAAGCACAGCAGGCUGCAGCCCCUCCUGCACCAACUGCGGAGGCCCUACGAGCAAAGGAGGCUGGCACGGCACAGUACAAGGAGGGAAACUACCGCGGUGCGCUGACGGAGUACCGCAGGGCGCUGGACUUAGUUGGCCAAGACGCUGGACUACGUGCGCAGUUGCUGGGCAACGUUGCCGCAGCGUGCCUCAUGCUCAAGCGAACCAGCGACUGUGUGGACGCUUGCAAAGAAUGUCUGGCCCUCGACCCCUCCAAUGCGAAGGUGCGUGCCCGUCUUGCCUCGGCGCAGGUCGCGACCGGAGACUUCGAGGCUGCCCGAGCCACGUUGGGCACUGCGGGGGACGACCCGGUCUUGGCCAACGCCUUCAAGCAAAUAGGCAGCACCCAGUCGACGCUCGCGGAGGCGGACCAGGCUCUCUCAAACGGCGAGCCUGCGAAGGCUCUGAACAUCUAUGCCAACCUGGAGUCCUCGGUUCUUUUUGAUUUUCCACCGUUGACCCUGAAGAUGGCGCAGUGCUAUCUAGAGCUAAAGCAAUAUCCUCGAGUUCUGCGCCGCCGGCAUGUGGUCAGUCAUGUCAGUGUGCGUACAUGUCAUAGUAUUCAUAGUGCUCUGACAAGCUUUCAGGGCUUGUCGAUUGUUAUGCCAGGAACACGACACAGCAAAUCCUGCGGACGAAUCCGCGAAACACAGGUGCCUUGGUGCUGCGAACGCAGGCUGGUCUCGUUUCAGCAUUCUCCUCAUGUGGUUGAUCAUCGGAUGCCACCACUUUGCUCUCGCCAAACAGACGUCCGCGUCGUGGAUUCAGUACAUCAGAAAGCGCAGUCACACAUGAUCCGAUUGAAGCAGUAG